UUAGUUCGGUUUUAGCUCUGAUUCCGUGAGGACGCUCGCCAGAGGAACCGCUCCGCGUUCCGUUCCGUUAUUUGAUUCGGGGACCUCGCACGGGGCCUACCGUUCACCCACACUUCUGCAAGCGCAAGCACACACACACACACUCAGUCGUACGGGAAGCACUCGUGCCGCGAUUACAACGCCAAAUUAUCGAGUCUGCGCCAACAUCCAGCGGAUGGCAAGUGCGAAUCUUAAAGUGGCCAACUGGCAGUCCUAGACCAGGCCAAGAACCCCCUGCCACCGGUUUUAGUCGCCCCUGCCCUUCGGCGGUCAUGUGAACAGCCGCCACCAUGCGGCGCUAACCCGAUCCCAUUUCCAUUCUCAAUCCGGGUUCAAAUCGCGAUUUCGCGGGUGUGCCAAAAAUCAAAAGUCAGACAAAAAGUGCUCUGAAGUGGUGACCCCAAACAAAUGUGUCGCACCAACAGCUGGAGUGGCAGCAACGGUAACUGCUGCUCUUUAUAGUGCAACCUCGCGUUUUUUCUCAGCUCCCAGAACAGUCCGCUAAAAGCCAACAGAGCGAGCAUAACGGCCACAACAAUGGCUUUGCAGCAGCAGCAUCAGCGACAUCAGCAACACCAGCAGCAUCAGCAGCAACAGCAGCAGCAACAGCAGCAGCAGCACAUAAAGUGGCAGCAACAUGCAACAAAGCGACGACGCUGCCGUCAGCAUUGGAUUAAACAUCUUCAGCUCCUGCGCCUCCUGGCUGUCAUCGUCCUGGCCAGCGCCCCCGUCCCCAGCCACGCCCAGCAGCAGAAGUUCCGGACAACGCCGCACGACCUCCAGGUCCUGGAAGGAGCCGAGGCCAUGAUGCGUUGCGAGGUGGCCAACGUGGCCGGCGCCGUCCAAUGGACGAAGGAUGGCUUUGCGCUGGGCUUCUCGGCGGUCAUUCCCGGCUUCCCGCGCUACUCCGUGCUCGGCGACCGGAAGCAGGGCAUCUACAACCUGCGCAUCUCGAACGCCUCCAUCAACGACGACGCCGACUACCAGUGCCAGGUGGGACCGGCUCGGCUCAACAGCGCCAUCCGGGCCAACGCCAAGCUGACCGUCAUAUCUCCGCCAGCCUCGAUCGAGAUCAAAGGUUACAGCCACAAUUCCAAGGUGGAGGUGCGCGAGAACCAGGACCUGCAGCUCAAGUGCAUCGUGGCCAAUGCUAAGCCGGCGGCUCAAAUCGUCUGGUAUCGCGGUAACGUCGAGUACAAACCAGAGAAACGCGAGGACACUGUGGAGGAGUCGACGGCCAAGCGGUUCACGACCACGUCGAGCCUGAAACUGAAGCCAGGUCCAGAUGACGACUACACGGAGUACACGUGCCAGGCGAGGCACAAGGCUCUCUCGCCGGACAUGCCCAUGCGGGCCACCGUCCAACUGUCCGUGUUGUAUCCCCCAGGACCGCCCUACAUCGAGGGAUACUCAGCGGGCGAAACUCUGCGCCGCGGCCAGACGGUGGAGCUCAUGUGCCGGAGUCGAGGCGGCAAUCCGCCUGCCCAGCUCAUCUGGUACAAGAACGGAUCCCAGAUACGCAUGGCCUAUAGAACCUCUGGCCGAUUGUCCGAGAACAUCUAUACCUUCACCGCUGAGGCGGGCGAUAACAAGGCGCGAUUCCGCUGCGAGGCAAGCAAUGUGAUGUCCCAGAAUCCACUCAAGGCGGAGGUGGAGCUAUCCGUGCUGUUUGCACCCACCCACGUCACCGUAAUGGGACCCACCGAGGCGCGCGUCGGCGAUAUUGUGCCGCUGACAUGCACCACCGCGCCAUCGAAUCCGCCCGCCGAGAUCAAAUGGAUGGUGGGCGGGCGGCAGGUGCGCAAUGCCACCUCAAAGACGAUUGUCAGUCCCGAGGGCGGUUGGACGACCACCUCGAACAUCACCGCCGUCGUGGAGCCCAACAAGCGCUCCCUGGUCGUCAUCUGUCACGGACUGAACAUGCAGCUGACCGAGAACGUCGUGUCCACCCACACGAUCAAUGUGCUUUAUCCGCCUGCGCCACCAUUAAUUUCUGGCUAUAUGGAGGGACAAAUUAUCCCAGCUGGCUCGGUGCAAAAACUGCUCUGCGUUUCAUCAGGCGGCAAUCCGCUGGCGACGCUAACAUGGUACAAAAACGACAAAAGGAUAAACUCGGUCAUACGGGCGGCGGACAAAUCGGUGUCGGCCGAAAUCACCAUUCUGGCCAACGUGUCGGACAACCAGGCCCAGUACCGGUGCGAGGCCUCCAACAGCGCCACCGAGAUCCCGCUCUUUCAGUCCACCACGCUCAGCGUCCACUUUGCCCCGGAGACGGUCAAAAUACGCAUUGAACCGGAAGAACUGCGACCUGGCAUGGAGGCAACUAUCAUCUGUGACUCGAGCUCCAGCAAUCCGCCGGCGAAGCUGUCCUGGUGGAAGGACGGCAUACCCAUCGAAGGCAUUAAUAACACGUCCAAGCCGGGUCUCUGGGGCGGCACGGUCUCGACGCUAGAGUUCAGGGUGAACGUCACACAGGAAAUGAACGGCCAGGUCUACACCUGCCAGAGCGCCAACGAGGCUCUUCAGCGGAGCGCCCACGAGGCAGUCAGCCUGGAUGUCCUGUAUCGACCCAAGUUCGUGCCGCCGCCCUCGUCGACGGCGGUGGGCGUGGAGGGCGAAUCGCUGCAGGUGUCGCUCCAAACUCGGGCCAAUCCCACUCCAGUGACCUACAAGUGGACCAAGGAUGGCACCACAAUACCGCAGGACGGCGAUCAUCGCAUCUUUGCGGAUGGCGGCAGCCUGAACUUCACACGGCUGCAUCGGGAUGAUGCGGGAAUCUACUCCUGCAGCGCCUCAAACUCGCAGGGAGGAGCCACCCUUAACAUCACUGUCGUUGUGGAAUACGGAACCACCAUUAAGUCGGUGUCUGAGAACAUCGUCGUCAAUCCUGGCGAGGAUGCAAUGCUCUCCUGCACCGUGGAGGGCAAACCACUGACCGAGGAGCACGUAAAGUGGGAGCGAGUUGGUUACGACAUGACCGUGAAAACAUCGACGACCUUCGCGAACGGCACCUCUUACCUGCACAUCAAGGACGCGAAGCGGGAGGAUGUAGGCAACUUCCGGUGCGUGGCCGACAAUCGUGUGGACAAUCCAACUAACCGCGAUAUCCUUCUGAUUGUCAAGUUUGCACCUGAAAUCGCCAAGACUCCCACGCUCUUGCGGGCUGCCAGUGGGACGGGGGAACGUGGUCGUCUGCCUUGUCGGGCACAGGGUUCGCCCAAGCCGCAGUUCAUCUGGCGGCAGGACAAGAAGGACCUGCCCAUCAACCGCACGUACAAAUACGAGGUGGAGGAGCGCAAGAUUGAUUCGCUGACCUACGAGUCCACCCUCAUCGUGGACAAAGUGGCGCCCGCGGACUACGGAGCUUAUGAGUGCGUGGCCAGAAACGAAUUGGGGGAAGCGGUGGAGACCGUGCGCCUAGAGAUCACCUCGCAGCCUGACCCACCCCUCAGCCUGAAUAUCCUGAACGUCACCCACGACACAGUCACUUUGGCUUGGACUCCGGGAUUCGAUGGUGGCCUUAAGGCCUCCUACCGAGUGCGUUAUAGGAUGGCCGACCGCGAGCAGUACAAAUACAUCGAUGGCCUGCCCAACAGCCACAAGCUGACCAUCGGCGGGCUGCGCAUGAAUACACUCUACCUGUUCUCGGUGAUGUCCUGGAACGAGCUGGGCCAGAGCUCCUACCUGCCGGAUUUGGCGCGGGCGGAGACCAAAGAAGCCCCGCCCCCCUCGCAUCCGGCCUCGUCGCUGGGAGGCGGACCGCCGACCACCAGCCAGACGCCGCUGGGCGGCACAUCGGGCAUGCUCCUGGUGGGCGUGGGCGCCGGCAUCGUCGUUGUCCUGCUCAACGUGUUUGUCAUCGGCUGCUGCCUGCACAAACGGAACGAGAAGCGCCUCAAGCGAGGACUUGAACUGAUGCCAGCCGAGUUAACCGAGGACUCCAGCAAUACACCGAAUUUGGUCAUAAUUGGCAUCUCUCUGGCGGCAUUCGGCUUCCUCCUGGUCAACGCGUCGCUGGUUGCCUGGUUCUUUGUGCAUCAGCGCCGCAAGAAAGUGGCGGAAACUACAAAUCAACCGGCAAAAACGGCAACCAUCGAGAUGUACGCGCCCAGUUCGUAUAAUGACACCGUUACCGGCGAGACGCUGUCCAGCGUUUCGGAGAAGAGCGAGUCGUACUCCAAUGAGGGCAGCAGCCAACCGGAAUAUAUUGACGAGGUGCGCAAGAAGGCGGCGUCCACGUAUCUCGUCGAGGGCUCGGAUAUGCCGCCGCCCAGAUAUCAGAAGGAUGGCACCCUGCCAGUCAUCUAUCCGAAUAAUGUUGUGAACGCCUGUACACUGCCGCAUCCGAGGCACAAUAAUGGCAGCGCCGCCAUCCACAUGACCCGGGAUGAUCAGAUGCUAAUCAGCAAAGGCGUUUAUAUUCCGUCCCCGUCUCCGGCGCCUCCACCAGAUGGGUCCUACUACAACAUGAACAGUGACAGAUACUUGUCCUAUCCGCCAAUGGAAUACCCAGCAGCCCUGGACUUCACCGCCCAGCCGAUGCCCAUGGCGCACCUGCAACCCAUGACGGUGACCUCGCUGGCCACCAAUGGUGGACCCACGCUCAUCGGCAACGGAUCGGUGGCAGCGGUGGCCGGCGGUUCAGGCACCUUGCGGCGUGGGAUUCUUCGCGGAGUGGUAGGCGUGCCCCAGCCUGAUGUCACCCACCACACGUCGACGGUGGGCGGUAGUCCGAUGCAGAUGCUGCACGACCUGCAUCCGGUGAACCUCAGCGCUUCGACGCUCACCACCAGCACCACACUGAAUGGCAGUCUGCCGACGGCCACCGCCACGCUGCCACGCCAGCCACACGGCAUCCUGAAGGAUCCCAAUCGCAACAAACAGCAGCAACAGCAGCAGCAGCAGCAGCAGCAGCAGCAGCAGCUUCAGCAUCAGCAGCAGCUGCUGAACGCCAGCCUGGUGGGCGUGGGAGUGCCGGUGUCGGCGCCCCUGGGCAGCCUGCAGAUCCUCAACCUGCCGCCGGCGAGCGGUGGACUGGGCAACAACUUGCUAAUGACUACCAACGCCUUCGACCCGACGACGGUGGGCUUGAGCAGCUUCGGCGCUGUAAGCCAGGCCGGCGGCAUACCGGUGGCCUACACAGAUGCGGACGGACACCUCGUAUAGCUGUAGGCUGGAACUGGGGCCAUCAUCAACAGCAGCAGCAGUAGCACCAGCUGCAGCACCACCGUGCGGAUACUCUCCGGCAGUGAGCCCCGGUUCUGAGCAACCAUGUCGCCCUGGACAUCAUCCAACACCAGCAUACCCGUAACUGUAUCCAACCUACUCGCAAGGAUGUAGCUAGUUUAGGAGCUUUCUCUUCGGCAUCUCGGUCCGCCUGAUUUCCCCUGUCCGGCAGCCACAUCCACUUGCCAUUGCCAUUGCCAUUACCUUAUUCAAAUCAGCCAGCGAAUUAGUUUAUGUAAAUUUCCACCCAGUUCUUACGGCUUCCCGUCAAUGUGGGUGUUUAUUUAGAUAAGGAUUCCGAGGAGGCACAGCCACUGUGGGGGUGAGCAUAAUUUCGCAGAGAGUUUUACUAAUUAGCCGGCAGCAGGAGCAACGGGAGUAGCAGGAGAAGGCGAAAAUAAUUUGAAAUUUCCUUGGGUGGAAAGCGCGAAACGGUCCAGAUCCGUUUGACAGCUCCCAGGGGCGUGCUUCGGCUCAAGUCGGCUGGGCACGUGAUUGCCCUGGACGGCGCCGGCAGCCAUGGACGUCGAAAGUUGAAGGUUGACAGCCGCUAGCUGCCCGGCGACCCCCAGCCCCAAUCACAUCCCCAUCUCCAUCCCAGAUCAAGAUCCCGAGAAGCGAGUGCUAGAUUUGCCACCUCCCCUAAAAUGGGGCAGAUGGAAAAUCUGGGAGUGGAAUGGGUUGCUGGUUGCUGUGUCGCAACCACAGUGGAGCCUACUUAACUCAAACCACUCGACAAUUAAACACUUUAGGUGCGGGAAAUUUUAAUUGCAUAAAUGUGGGUUUAUUACAUUUCUUAUUGCGCCAAAUGGGGUUUGGCUUUCCUUUAAAUAUUUGAUAAAUUUUAUAUAAUUUAAAAUUGGAUUGGAGAAUAGCACUUAGGCCCUUUUAAACAGGAUUCACCAAGAAAUCCGAUUAAAAGACUUUAAGCAACAGGGUUUUUGCACUAUUCCUGGUGAAUGUUAGCUAGGAAAAAUCAAAGCUUUGCCAAGGUUAUGCCUUGGAAUUUAAGUUAUCCAGCUUCUUGACUCCGUCUUCUUUUAUCCGCAUAUCGCAAAGAUAUAGAUGAGAGCCGGCCACGCCCAUGGAGCCAUUAUAUGCAGAAGCUGGCUGUAUCUCUAUUCCAUCCAACUGGCAUUCGAGUGGCGCUGCCGCCCAUAAACAGUUUUCAUUUGCCACUCGUCGCAGCUCAGCGAGCGUGACAUACCAAUCCUGGCCUGCGUUGCCAUUAGCUCUUAGCUUCAGUUCGAGGCCAGAGGAGUCCCGGAAUCCCAAGGACACUCGGCGCUGCGCACACCCCCCCCCCCCCCACUCAUCCACCCGCUACAUUCUCAGCCACAUCCGUAUCUUUGACUUUGUAGCCAAGUUCUUGAGAUCCUCGAGCGCCGUGCAUAAUUGCCAGCAGCAUUGUGUGGAUUUUAAUAUUCAUUUGGCUGUAAUUGCUGGAUUCGGGUCGGGAUCGGGGGAGUGCACUACUAUUGCAGCUGCUAGUCCUUAGUGGAUUAUCGCAAAUGAAUAAAUGCCCUGAUUUCGGGCAUAGAUGGAGAAGGAUACAAAGAAUGGCGGAGCAGGAGAAGCUGGUGGAGCUGGAGGAGCAGAAGGGGCCUUGCGCAAACACAGAGUGUGUAAUUAAAAGUGAAAUUAUCUUUGAAAUUAACUCACGCGUAGACAAAGACGAAGGCAAUUGCGAGGAGAAUGGGAAAGCGGAUGGGAAAAGAAGAAAAAUGCGCGGAAAACUGAGGAUGAAAUUAAGAAUGAAGAUGGGGCAACUUUGUGUGACGGCACACAUGGGUGUGUCUUCAGCUGUGGGAUUUUCCGCUAUUGAGUAAUGGCGAUGGCAGUGGCCAGAUAAAAGUUAAAUGAGCGGGAAAAUAAGGAGCAUUAUAGUGCAGAGUCGGGCAAAACCUGUUGUAUUCGGUUGGGUUGUGCUUUUUGGAAGGGAACACGCUGGAGAACGGAAGGUGGCCAAAGGACAGUGGCAGUCAGGACCCUCUCUAUACCGAUAUGUGAAUGUAUAGCUUGUACCCAACUCAACGAGCAGUGCUGCCAAAUUGCAUUAAUAUUUAGCAUUUAACUGGAUCUGUAGCCCUAAGUAGCUAAGCCGAAACAAUUUCGAAAUCACUACUCACUCACUCAAUCAGCAAGCCAAAACCUUCAAAUUGUACAAUACUACUGGGCGGAAGCCGAAACGCCAGGAUGCCGAUUAGGGAUAAAUAAUUAACGAUUAAAAGGACAAAUGCAGGUAUAUCGAUACACACACAGGCACACGGAGAGUCAUUGCAAUUCAUAGACGUAAAACGUAGCGUACAAUUUCGCAUCUCUUUAAUCUUAGAUCCUAUCCCAGCAUACCCACUAGAAGAUUGGAGCUUGGCGGGUCAUUCCCGACAUAUGUAUACAUAGGAAUAACCGACUCGCUGUUUUCUUAGGGAUAACUAUUGAUUGCACUCGAACUAAAUACUCCACGAGACAGCUCUGUGCUCCUCGCAAAUCUUGUAUGUCUUCCCCAGCUUGUCCUGACCACUGUUGAAUGUCCUUGGUUCGAUACGAAUUACGUAUUCAUAGUUACACAUACAUACUUUAGUUUAGACCUAGCGCACUUGUCGGUGGAAGUGAAUAAGACUUAUUGUAGAUAAUUACGUUUAAAACAAUUAACAAACACGAAAUCAAGUUGUUCAAUUUGUAUUUUUGCCAAAGAGAUAUUUGUUAAACAAAGAACCGAUAACUUGCAGCUAGAUUAUGUGUGUGCUUGUUUUACUCCACUGUGUUUAAUUGUUGUACGAUUAAAUUAUAGUCUCUAUGCAUAUGCUUAAUUUGGGUAAUCCCCCCCCCCCCUCCACACACACACACACACCCCUGCCCGUCAUUCGACCUUAACGUUAACGUAGCAUAAUUGGAACAGCGGCUGAAGGCGACGACACACAAGACUUGAAUACCGAAUCUAGGCUAAUCUUAAAUGUUAAAUGCUAAUGAAAACCGAAUUCGAAAUCGAAAUAAAAAUCGAAUUCGAAAUCGAACACGAAAUAGAAACUUAUGUCGGUGUGCGUGUGUAUAGAGCGAAUUAUUUGCCAGUGGAUGUGAAUGUUUUUAUGACACUAACUGAGUUAUGUAUUUUAUGUAGUCUGUAUGGGUAUAUCUAUAACUAAAAUUAACUGAGAGCAUUGUACAGCAGUCGAGGAGACAAACAAUAAUUAACAAGGCGUAAGUUCAUUCGAAAAGAAAACGAAUAUAAAUAUUAAUUAAACGCAUAGUUUAUAAACUCAAAGCAUAAGCCGCCACUCAGAAAACUGUAUAAAACGAGAAGAACAAGUUCUUUGAAAAAAAAAAAACAAGAUUGAAAAAAUAUGAAAAUAAUGCAUAUGAAACCUACUGCAUUUUUAAAAAAGAUCUGUUAACAAAUGAAUAAUAAAACCAUAAAACGAUGAAUACCAA